CAUAACAUGAUGCUCCCUUCCAUGCUUCAUAACUGGUAUUUCAUGUAGUUAUGGCGUCUUGGGCAUCAUUAAGAUACGCCUAACUGCCAUUCAAGAGGCGUUCGCUGAUGAUUAUGGGAAAGCUCUAGGCCAAGCCAUUUUGUCCUUGAGCUAUCUUGAAUAUGAUUCGGUAUAGUGACUGCAGCACUGCGUUCCUUCUUUCAGCUGCAAUUUCGGUACACUGCUGGUAGUUGCUUAGACGUCGUGUCUUGCCUACUAGCGCUGGUGCAAGAUCUUGCAAUAACACCACUACAGCUGAGUCCUUACAAGGCUUUCUCAGCGCUGGACUAGUCCGGUUGUGACUCCUCGUCAUUACGCUUGCUGGAAGCCAUCGGAGCCGCGUAUCCAACCUACGAAAGUUUCUUCUUCCAGCUCCCUCCAAUCCUUUCAUACAGUAGACAGUUGAACCAGCUGCUCGCAAGCGCAAAAUGUCAAACACAAUGGGAGAAUCCACACGGGCCCGCCUAGCGGGCGUCAUCCGCUCGGUCAACGCUGGAGGCGCCGGUGGUGGCGGCGACCGUGCCCCCGGCAACUACGUGGGUGGCUAUGCUGGCGGUCUGGGCGGGACGUGGGGCAAGGCACCCACCAACCGGGGAGUUGACCCUCGCGCGGCUGAUGGCGGGGGCGGUGGAGGCGGACCAGCCAGGCCCGCCUCAGCCGGCCGCCAGCGCCCCGCCUCAGCCACCGGCGGAGGCGGAGGAGGCGGCGUUGCUCCCUUCGGCAGUCCGGGUGGCCCCGCCGCCCCCUACAGCAGCCUGCUUGGCUCCCCCGGUGCCGGCGCCCUAGCGGGCGGGGUGCGGGAGCGCAUCCGACCCGCCUCCAGCGGCGCUAAGAACGCGUGGGACGAGCUGCCCAGGCGCGAGCUGCCUCGGUCGCCGCCGUUCGGGACCACAACCAAGCAAAUCAAGCCCGCCUCCGCCACACUAGCCGGCGGCAGGACCACCAAGCCCCUCGCAGGCAUCGCACUAGACCUCAAGUCUCCCGGGCUAGGGCACAUAGAGGCCACCGC